GUGGCGCCAUGCACGCUCUCUGACGCACGACAGCAGCGACGUAGGCCGAGAGGGUGAGAACGAGACGCUGCGUGAUCCGAUCGCGGCGGUGCAUUGACCAGAGACGGGCCAGGGCUGCCCAUGGUCCCAUCUGCCGUCCUUUCAGACAAUAACGUCAACUGCUACGUUAUCCUUUCUGGCUCUGCGACACAUGUCGACAUACUUUUUUCGUGUGUUCCAGUAGUUAGUCGUCCCUCGCGUCGGUCGACGCAGCAGCAGCAGCAGCAGCAGCAGCACGCACGCACGACGAAGAACCGGCACCCCAACCCUAGACAACAUUCACACCACAUCACCAAUAACAACAUCAAGAUGAGACUCGUCACAUGGGUCGCCGCCGCCAUGAUGGCUUCUGCGACCGCAGUCGGCGCGUCGCCCGUCGAGAAGCGCGCCGUCGGAGGUGUCCUCCUCUGCACCGGCCCCGACUCCACGGGCACCUGCAAGCACAAGGUGUACCCGCUCAAAGACUGCCAGCAGCUCAAGCCGCCCUUCCACCGCAACAUCAGCACCUUUGCGCCCGACGGCGAGGACUUUGCCUGCUUCCCGCGCGCCUACGACUGCGGCGGCGACUGCAGGAGCCCGACGGGCUGCACCUUUGGCGCCGUCGACUUUAACUACGCGCACAAGUACAACCUCAGCGCCAUCGGCUGGGGCACCAUGGUGGCCAGCUUUGACUGCUUCCUGAAGGGCUGAGGGAGGGGGGGGGGGAAACAGGGGGCAGCUGGGCAUUGUGCCGUUUUUUUUCCUUCCUGUUUCAAUUUUUCUUAUUUUACCUUUGCUUUCACACGUGUAUAGCUUGGCGCCAUCCCGGCCGUCGGUGGCAUGAUGAUAAUUAUACAAUAACAAUGCAUCGCAUAUAUAUCUGGU